AAAAUUUUUGCGGCGUUUUGUGUGGAACCAACAUAUGUUGCUUGACAUAAAUGCAGAUACUGAAUUGGAAGUAUCUUCUGAGAACUAUGCUGUUCAUGAACAUGAUGUGCUGUUCAUGCAGAGUGUUAAGUAACAUUUAUAAAGUAUAAGUUGAAGAGCAGUCUAAAUUUAAAUUCUUCUGGCAUCUAUCAAAACAUGACAGCAGCAUCAGAGAAAAGAGAGAAGCAGUUUGGAGUUGACAAGCCCGCACUGAAAUUGAUCCUAAAGGUUAAUAACGCAUCAACACCUGAACAUAGCAAUGAUGCUUCUGGCCCGGCUCUUGCUGUACCACAAACUUUAGGACAUGCCGGCCCUGGUAUGGGAUCUGUACCUGCAGAUGAAGAAUCUCGACAUUCAGCAGCAUCUGUACAAAUAAAGGAAGAGUCCUACAUUGAAAAACAACACAAGAAAGCAAAAAAGAAAAAGAAGAAGAAGGAAAAGGACAAAGACAGGGAGAAGCAUGAGAAAAAACAUAAACAUCACCAUAAGGAGAAACGUAAAAGACCCCGUGAUGAGUCUAGUCAAGAGGAUGUCAGUAUGGGUGAGGAGUCUCUUUCAGAACCUCCAUCAAAUAAGAGGACGUUAUUGGAAGGCAAUGUACCUAUUCCAAAAUCCAUUGGUGAAGUUCAACAUUCAGGUCAGGGGUUGGGAAGUGAGCAAUCUGGACAAGUUAGGAUACAGACACCUGCUGUGUCCCGGGAACCCAGAUCUUGCGUUCUGCGACAGAGGCAGGAGAGAAGUGCAUUACAGAAGUUACUCGAUUAUCUGCUUAAAGGCCUUGAGAAGAGAGAUCCUCAACAGUUUUUUGCAUGGCCUGUCACAGAUCAUAUUGCUCCUGGUUAUUCCCAGAUAAUUCAGAAUCCAAUGGAUUUCAGUACAAUGAAACAGAAAAUAGAUGACAAUCUAUACUCUACACUUCAUGAGUUCAUCGAGGACUUCAAACUAAUGUGCAAUAAUGCCAUGGUUUACAACCACCCAGAUACUAUAUAUUAUAAAGCUGCAAAAAAAUUAUUGCAUGUUGGUGUAAAAAUGAUGAGCCCUGAUAAGUUAAAGCCUCUUAGAAGUGUCCUGGUUUAUAUGUCGGAGCUGUCUCGAGAAGAACUUGGUUUUGAUCUGGGCUUUGAUGAAUCUUCUAUAUCUGCAUGUGCACAAAAUACAACAUUAGAAAGCAGUGAAAAUGGAAUUUGUGUGAAUGAUGACGACUCAGAUGCCAGUAAAGAAAAUAAACGUAAAAUGAAGGAAAAUAACAGGCCAUUGAACAAAUUUGAAGCAAUUCCAGAUGAUAUGACACCUGAAGAAAUUCUGGAACAAGCGCAGAAGGCAGCCCAGGCCGCUGCUGAUAGGCUGUCAAUGAAACGAGUAAAUACAAAAAUGGGCUUCUUAAGACAGAACAAGGAUGGUAGUACUUCUCUCGCCAUCCUGGUUCCAAAUGAUGGCAUAGCUCCAGGCACAAAUGAACGCCCAAUUUCAUUGGGCAUGCUAUCAGGGAAAUUAUCUCAUGGCACAGGACAGCUUCAAGGAUUUAGAGAAGAUCGACGUAACAUAGCUAAAGGAGUUAAACCUUUGUAUUAUGGAGCUUUCGGAUCAUAUGCACCAUCUUACGAUUCUACUUUUGCUAAUUUGACAAAAGAAGAGACAGAACUUAUUUACCAAACGUAUGGAGAUGAAACUGCAGUGCAGUAUGCAGAGAGCAUUUUGGAUUUUGCUAAGGAUAACGAUUAUACCCUCACAAUGGUAGACAAUCUUCUGGACCUUUUGACUAGUGGGGAACAUAGCAAAACAAAAAAGAUUUUGGAGGAAAGGCGAAAGUUACGUGAAGAGGAGGAGAAAAUAAAGCAGAUGUUAGAAGGCAAAGGAAAUUAUUCCAAUGUAGUAAAUAAUGAAAAUGUGCCGCCUUUAAAGGAGAAAAAAGUGGAUAUGAACCAGCUUAAGACAAUAAAGGAUUUUGGUUUAGAUACUUGUUUUCUUGACGUAUUAGAGAAGUCAUUUUAUCCCAGUGAGCAAAAAGCCGGUGAUGAAGCAAUGCAGUCCCAGUUAGAACAAACUUCAUCUCUCAUUCAGAAGCUGCAACAAGUUCAGAAUGACAGGUUGAGUCUUCCUCCACCUAUGCAUUUAUCACAAGUACCACAUGCUUCAGAUGGAGAAGUUCAUCUAGCGGAUAGAAUAACAGAAAGUCUUAAGGAUAUGGCUAAAAAGUUGCCACCUGCUUCAGUUGCUCCCGUUCCAUCUAUAAGGAAGGCAAUGGGAAUUUUGCCAAGUGAAAUUGUUCCUCCAAACAUAAACUUUGAAAAGUUACCUAUGGCUGUCAGAAGUCAGCAGGCAGUGAAUCAGACCAGUGCAGUUAUGAUGGACGUUGAUAAUGUUGUACAGAGUGCAUUAACCCAAACAAGUGGCAGUGAGAUGCCAGUAAUACUUAGUGAACCCUUAGCAAGUGGACAUGUAAUAGACGUUGGUGUGGAAGGCACUUCAUCACAUGCAGAGCAUAAUGAAGCAUCUGUCAGCCUUGUGCCAGAUUUAGAAUCAGAACUGAGGGAAUUUUUAGAAAGUGAACCUGCCCUUAGUAACUCUCCCCUUCAUGACGACAAAACAAUAGAAGAGAUUCUUUCAGAAUCAUGAUAUAAUGCUCUCCCGUGGGAUAUUUUUGAUGACAGCUUACAAUUUGAUGAUAAGAAUGUCAUUUGAAUUCCAUAUAUUUUAUAAAUUACACUUUAUUUAAAAUAUGACAGAGAUUUGUUGUUUAUAGUAUAUGAAAUACAUACAUCAAGUUUUAUGAUUUUAGAUAAUUUAUUUUAACUGUAAAACUCAAUUGUAAGUUGAGUUUGUUGUAAAAUAUUAAAACACUUAACAGACUGUUUAUAUAUAUAAAAAUCCUUAUUUUUUACAUUGUAAUGGAAAGUCUUAACAUACAAGCCAAAUGUCAGUACUUACUCAGUGUUUGUAACAAACUGUGUCAGGCAUUGCAAAAAACUGUGAUAUCCAAUAGAAUGAAGUGUCAGUGCUGUUAAAUCUUUUUGGAAUAAUUAUUGGAGAAGAAUGAUGGCCUACUGUAAGUAUGGUACACUUGAAAGAAUCAAAUGUUAAGUUCCUGUAAGAGGACAGGAAUAUGGUGCUUGGUGUUAUCCUUAACUUCAUGUAAAAAAAAUCAUUAUUGAAUUAGACCCAAUCCUAAUGCUCCCACCAAAUGCACUGUUGUACAUGUUGUUAAUGUGUAAAUACAUUUAAGGUAUCAUAGUAAUGGGGAAAGUUGAAUUCUACUACAAUAAUGGCUGUCGCCAGAAAUGUCCUAUUCUCCAGUCACCAAACCCCAUAUAUCGGCAACUAUAGACAUUAACUUCCAUCUGCUGUGAUGAAGAGCUUCCCCAUUAUAAAAUAUUUUAUUGUUAUUCAACAAUAUUUUUGUAUAAUCACAGCUUCUCAUAGUGAAGGCAGUAUGCCAAUCAGUCACAUAUAUAACCCAUCACCCCCUCCCCCCCCCCCCCCCAAAAAAAAAAAAAAAGAAAAAAGAAAACAUCUUGUUUCAAAUAGUAUACAGUUACUUCGGUGUAAUUCUCUCAUCUCUCCCUCCCUCUCUGUAGUUUCCCCUGUAUAGUUUAGAAAUAUUGUGAGAUAAAUUAUUACUGCUGAUAUUAAACGUCCUUAAUUUUCAGUAAGAAUGAAUUCCACAUAAACUAUAAAAUUCUUUCUUAAAAAUGUGGAUUCAUUGGAUGUUGAGUGAUCAUUUCACCUGUUUGCAGGUGUGUACAUUACACCAAAUUUAAAUUUGAACAUUAUUAUAUUAAAAAACUGUCAGCUUGUGAUAAAACAAGCUUGCAAAUUUUUAUGGACACUGGAUCAAUCAUUUUUGCAUCAUAGCUGUUUCAUGUGUAAAGUGUGUUCACAUUAGCUCUAGUUCAUGUCUGUUCAAAACGUCACUUGAAAUAUCGUUAAAUAAGAUGUUUUGACUGUGUGACAUGUAGGAGAUUGUGCCAAAUGUUGUUCUGGCUUAUUCUGAUUUAGUUCUGUUGUACUAAAAAUUAAAAAUGUAAUUUGCUCAAUGUCACUUUUCUUAAUACAACUUUUCAAGUAUAUAGCAAAAAUCAUAUUGUAGCAUACAAAAUGAGUGUCAGUAGAAAAAAACUCUCAUUGAACUGUAAGUUUCUGUAACAAUGUUAUAAGUGUCACCUUAAGAAUAACAAUAGCACUUCCAGAAUUUUGAGAGCAAUUUUAAGAAAUAUAUUGUAUGAAUGUAUUAAGUUGUUGUUUAACUUCUUAUUCUAUAAAUGAUGUAUGUGAUAUAUCAAAAUGGUGUGGAACACAUCAAUUUUACAAAAUCUGCUUGUACAUAACUUGAAUGUAAGUAUGGCUGUAUGUUAGUUGUACACAGAUACCUACAUAAAUACUUUGAGAAAUUUUUGAAGUUUAAUAAUAGUCAAAAGCUAAACUAUCCUUUCACUUCCAUUAUAUGUACAGUUGAAUUGAAGUUGGAAUUGCAUAUAUAGAGUAGUAGGAGUUGUUAAGUAGAAUUUUUUUUAUGAAACAUCAAAUUUUUUUGUACAUCACAUUUUGUGUCUCAGUGAAUUGAUGGAGAUAAUUAAGACAAAUUUUGUUAGGUGAAUAUUUAGAAUGUGUAACUGUUAACAAUCUCUUUCAAACAAUGAUGUAGAUGUUUAUGAAAAGAUUAAACCCAGA